ACAGCACGACAUCUACACAUGUAAAUACAGUGCAGUCAAUAGUGAGAUAACAUCAAUGAAAUUUUUACAACUGAGGAAGAUGCACUUCUGGCAAGCAUUACGCAACUUGUACUGCGAACUGCACAGCUAUAUAUAAGACAUCUCUGCCCCUGCGAGUUCAUUUGUCCGAAUACUAUUGCCGUCUACGGACACGUAAGUCUUGGUUGUGCGGUGUUACAAGUGUAUUUAAGUUCCGUCCUAUAAACUACGCCCAUAUCUCUCUGGAAGAAGUUACGACAUGGAACCAAACGGUGUAAAACGGUCGUGGAUGGACGAAAAUUUUAUGUUAGAUGUUCUGCGCACAGCGAAUUCGUCUGCCUUAACCAUUGAUAAAUUUGACGUCACAACAGCUCUGUCGCCAGGCAACAACUACAUCAGCGAAAUCUACCGUGUGAUUAUUGAAACUUCAGACCACCAAGUGCGCUCUGUGAUCGUCAAGUGUUUGCCGACCGCGGAAUACAACUUGAAGUUUAUAGCCGAUUCCCGCCUAUUUGAGAAAGAGACACUAUUCUACAGUGAAACGCUGCCUGCUAUGUAUAGUGUUGAAGAUGCUCAUUCCCUCAAGCUGGAACCACUGGCACCUGAGUGUUUUUACAGCGAACGUGACAGUCUCUUACUUCUCGAAGAUCUCAACGCCGUCGGGUUCAAAAUGCCAGAUAGGCUGCAGGGACUGAACCUUGACGAAACAGUUCUGGCAGUCGAAGCACUUGCGCGAUUUCAUGCGUUAUCCGUGGAUUUGCCUGAUUUGGAGGAGCUGUACCCGGACACACUGUACUGCGGUAAGGAUUUCGAACACGCGUCUCGGUACGUUGCUAACGGCGUUACAGCGCUUGCAGCGGCAGUCGAGACCUGGCCUGGGUUUCGUGAAUUGGGUCUUCGAUUAAGGGAAACAGCAAGAAGUGCGCAUGCACGUGUUGUGGAGCUUCUGGAAUCGAAAGAGUCACCCGUGCUAGUGUUGAACCACGGUGACUUCUGGACCAACAAUAUAAUGUUCCGUCGAGAUGUAGCGACUAGCCAGCCGGUCAACGUCCGCUUACUCGAUUUCCAAAUGUUGCGCUACGGAUCGCCCGCUCUUGACCUACAGAUUCUUUUUAACACUAGUGUGAAGGAGGAGGUACGCCAUGAUCUCAGGGACACAGUACUGAAACGGUACCACGAUGCUUUCACUCGUGCGUGCAAACGAAUAGGACGGGAGUCCCAUUUUUCAUUGGAGCAGCUGCAUGCAGAAAUGGAAAGAAAUGCAUUCUUUGGUUUUUUAAAUGCAUGUCUCAUGUUGCCCGUGGUUUUAGCUGAGAGGGGACAGCCUCCAGAUUUAGGGCAUUUGGCAUCCAAUCCGGAUGCAAAGUUGGACUGCCAUUCUGUCUCGAGGUUCAGAAAACAGUUUCAACGGAUUCUUAUGGAGUCGAGGGAACUUUUGUGAUGCUAGUGUGUCAUAGCCUUCAAUUAAAAGUAAUAGUACAUAUAUUCAAUGACAUUUGCUUUCUGAAUAAGUUACUAGCCCAGCUGGCUACAAAUUUUAUUUCUCAACUUUACAUUGAAUCUGGAGAAGAUUUAUCGCCUUGUGUUACAAUGUUAGAGGAUUAAAGGUCUAAGUGUGUGCUAGGGUUUAACGAUAUGAACUAGUUAGUGCAAAUUAUUAAUUGUCACAAUGUGGUUCCAAAGCUGUUACACAAAGUACAGUAACUUCUUUGUCUCAGCCUUGACUUUUUAUUUAUAAUCUAGCCACACAAGUGAGGUAAUGAAUAACCAUUUCUCAGAAUGACAAACAAAAUUAAGGCCUUGUUGUAUGUCUCAGUAACUUCCAGCCAGACAUAUUUUAAGGAUUCAGAGAACAUAUUGUGUUUCGUGUUCUCUGCAAUGUGCCCUAGACUGUGAAUGUUGUUAAGUUAUCAUAGUGUUGAAAAUUUUGCAGUGGUAUGAAUUUAGUCCUCUUUUAGUUCGUGAAAAACAUUCUGAUACUGACAGAAAACUUAAAAGGAAACACAAGGUAAGAUUACAGCUUUAGUCCCUAUAUAAUUUCUUAAUGCUAGAAUGCAAUGAAUGAUAUUUUUCAUUUCUGGGAUACAGUAAUGGAGAUUUUUGUUGUUAUUCUUUCACUUUAGCAAUGCCUUUGUAUUCUGUUAGAUUAACUGCAGUUUUGUUGUAAAUGAUGUCGAGUUUCUACUCAUUGAGUAAUACUCAAAGGUAUGGCGUCAUACAUAGCUAUUUUCUUUUUGGCAACGGGACUAUAGAAUUUGCGAAAAUAUUGCAUUUCUUCAUGUACAGAACUAGACAUAAAUAGGUGCAGCUUAAUUUAUAGCUAAAAUUAUCAUUAAAAUGCUUAUGCUUUGAAAAAAGGUGGUGUCAACCUGUAGCUGCAUGAUGCUUAAAUGAAAUUGUUAGAAAUCAUUAUCACAAUACCAGAUGCCACUUAAUCAUUAACCUGUUUGAAAGUAGUGAAGAGAAAAGAAGUUGGAAUUGUAUUCCAGUACUUACAAAUUAACAACACAUUCAUACUACCGUGACAUAAAUGGCAAUGAGGCAGAAAUCUCCAAAUAGGAACAGUAGCAGGUAUGUGUAAAAUACAGGAACGCAUGAAUGAGGCCAAGGAGUAGAGAGUGAAGGGAGCAAGACAAAGGAAUAAAUUACAAUUACACCUUACAUGCACAUAUAGUCUCUGAAUUUUCUAAAUAAGCAAGUGAAGACUGAAUAAUUAAAAACUGGGACAUGAAAGUCCUAGCAUUUCUGUCAUGACUGUAAACAGGUGUAAGAAAACGAAGAAACAGGAAAGUGAAUGCUGAAAGUGCUGACUGUUAACCUGUAUGUUAAUAUACAGUAUCUGUAACACAAGGUAAUGAGAUGUUGAGGUAUGGUGGACAUUUAUCUGUGCUACCAAAAAUGUCAGUGAGACUCUUCACUCUAUGUAUCUUCAGUUACCAACCAUUAAAACACUUUAAAGAAGUAUAUCUAAUGUUAGUCUAUAACAAAUAAUAUUUGCAACAAACUACUACGAAUGUUGCAUAUUCUUCUUGCCACAACUUUUUCUGCAAUUACCUGAAAUUAUAAUAUUUCAGGCAUUUUUGCCUUCAUCACAAAUUUUUACUUAUUGAAUGAACAGGUUCACUUUUGUGGAUGCAGAUUAUUUUAUUUAAUUAUCAAGCCUUUGAUAAAAGCCCUACAUUGUUCUCUGAUGAAACUGGGGCUUAUGAGUUACAGUAAGAAACUACAAUGUAAUCCAGUUAAACAGAGUAGAGAGGUUUUAACUCUUACCGAUGUGUCGUCAUCAGUUCUGCUGAGAUUUUGAAGAUGGAACUUUCCUACUGAAAACUGUUUAUGCAAUUUCUUAUUUUAAAAAAGCAGUGUUUAUUCAUGAUAGUGAAAUCCCACUUGCCAUUACGUGUAAUAGCUUUUGCCAUGCUUAAGAAAAAUUUUAUGACUGCUGUGUCUUUGAUUAAGUUUAUGAUUAUCUUGUUCCUUUUGGAACAAGCUUUGUUAAGAAAAGAAAAUAUUUGUCACUAGUUGGUAUUGUACAUUUAAGAAACAUUAAGAAUUUUAUUUUCCAAGGAAGCAUACAAUUACACAUGUUGCCAAACACAUCUUACAAACAAACUUAUACUAUUUAAUUUUGUAUGCAGAUUUCAGUUCUGUAUAGUACUGUAAUGGUAGCCUACAAAAAUUUGGGGCAAGGGAUGUGAAAUUUCUGAAUAGUAAUGCUUAUAUAUUCUGAGUUUUUGAAUGAAGAUAAUGACUCCUGUUGUGUCUUAUUAAAUAGUCAAUUCUUAUUAUGUCCGAUUCAUUUCAGAUGUCAGUAUUAUGUGAAUAAUUUAAAGUUUUACUUACUUCACCUUUGAUGCAGUACUCAUUUGUUGACUCAGGUUUCCACCACUGUUAUUUAUGAACUUGACUAAAUUUUAAAUGAUUUUAACAUUAUAAAGUGUACUUUUCUACCCUCAAUCAAAUGAGGAUAAAGUGUGUAAAUGCAUUGCAAUGAAGAAUUUAGUUAGUCAAAUCUUCAAGAUGCAUAUGAAUCCACACUAUAUAGUCAUAUUUAGCCAAAUGAAUGUUUGUGUAUUUUUAUGCCAUCAUGCCAAAAUGUGAAAGAAGCUAUUUGCCCUUAUGGAUGUAAAACAUAUAGCCUAGUAAUAAGAUCAUUGAGGGCGUAAAUACCUUAUACGCUCUAUAUUUUCUCUGAGGAAAAUGAUUAUGUUCAUUGGAUUUCAGAAUGAGUAGGUGGUAGGCUCUGAAACAAUAAACAAAGAUAAGUUCUCAUCACACCAGCUAAAAAUUGUAUACAUUCGCACAACCUUGUUUCACUGGAUCUGUGUGGGUAGGGACUGCAUCUUCAUAUCACCUGUGGAGUUGGUAAGUCAGAAACACAAACAGAGAAAAAACAAAUUGUGGAAUCUCAAGCUUUCAGAACUGGUAGUUCCUGUAACAGUCUACAGAAUCAUUAAAACUUGUGCAAAAUGUGAAUGAAGAGAAGUAAAUGAGGAAGGUAUUGAUUCUGGUUAUAAGUGUUGUUACAUAUGAAUUCACAAGGUAUAUGGAAAAUUAUUAGAAUUACAAACAGAUAAGGAUGUGCUGUUUGGAAAGAAAAGUUAUCUGCAGAAAAAUAACACUUUUAGGGAGUGAUUUGUUACUAAUUGUUUUCCUCUAAGCCUACAGCUUUUGGUGUGUAGCCUACAUUUACCCUGAAUGUCUCAGUGAGUUGGUUGUUUUUCAAAUGGGGCUCUUUCAUGCUGCAGUAUGUUUAAUAUUCUGUGUUUCAGUAUAAAAACAAGAGUCUCUUGUUUAUGUCUUUUGUUAUUCAGUGUGUGGGUAAUAUUUAGUCAUGUGUACUGUUGGUAGCAAUGAUUGGACAUACAUUCUGUGCAGUAAUUGUGGUGCAGUUUAUAAAAGUGACAGUGUACUGUGCAUGUAUUGGAACUCUUUAUACUGGAUGCACACAAAUUGUUGGUUUUAUUAAAAUAUAAUUAUUUUUUUA